AUGAGGUCAUGCCUCUCUCGUCUAUCUUGCCGCAUUUGGACGGCAGGGAUGCAAAUGUGGAUAUUCCCGCAACAUGGCAUUUUGAAUUUGGCCAUUGUCAGCCUCACAAGCACGCACAAGCACAAGCACAAGCACAAGCACAAGCACAAGCACAAGCACAAGCACAAGCACAAGCACAAGCACAAGCACAAGCACAAGCACAAGCACAAGCACAAGCACAAGCACAAGCACAAGCACACACGCAUCGAAUUACAACAUCAUGUCAUCCUUCGAAUCAUGCGCAUUUCAUCCAGACAUGGCUGCAUUGUAGAGUAG